UACCUCUACUCCAACACUGUUGAUCUCAUUUCCUCCCAAACACUUAACCAACAACUUAGAUCUUCAUACAAGAGAAGCCACAAGUAUCUAACAAAAAACUAUCUCAAACUCACAUGAAGCGUGCAGAAAAGAGGCAUGGCUUGAUUCAGCUGUUUCACCUGAAGAUUUGCUGCCAGAUGCUUCAAACCUCUUCUCUUCCCCUUUUUUGUUGAAACCAGCAGUUACACAAUCAGUCAAAGAUACCCCCCAAAAUCAAGAACCCUAUUAUCGUUUCUUUCGUCUUUCUCUAUUAGAAAUCUGAUCGCUUGGCUCUUUGUUGCAUGUGCUUUCUACUUGUUUAAUUAGGUUUGAACUUUGAAGGGAAGAAAACCAAUGGACCCAGUAACAGCUCAUGGCCGCCCGCUUCCUUCUUUCCUCACAAGAGAUCUUCAUCUAAACCCGCAACAUCAAUUUCAACAUCACCACCAACAACAACAACAAAGCUCCGAGGACGAACAAAACGGUGGCCAGAAACGAGAUCGAGAAGAAACAGCCACCACUAUGGGCGGAGGAGGCACUUCCGGUACCGACACAAGUGAAGGCAAGGAACUAUCUAUAGUCCCCGGUGCUGAAGGUGAAAUCACGAGGAGACCACGAGGCAGACCCUCUGGUUCCAAGAACAAGCCUAAGCCACCGAUCAUCAUAACUCGUGAUAGUGCCAAUGCUCUCCGAUCCCACGUUAUGGAAAUCGCCGACGGCUGUGAUAUUAUGGAGAGCGUUUCGACUUUCGCUAGGCGAAGACAAAGAGGGGUUAGCAUUUUGAGUGGGAGCGGGACUGUCACGAAUGUGACCUUGCGGCAACCUGGUGCUCCUGGUGCAGUCGUGAGUUUACACGGAAGAUUCGAAAUUUUAUCACUUUCUGGUUCGUUUUUACCUCCUCCGGCACCGCCGGCUGCUUCAGGGUUGACCAUAUAUUUAGCCGGUGGCCAAGGCCAGGUGGUUGGAGGAACCGUGGUGGGUCCACUUGUUGCUUCAGGUCCAGUGGUGAUUAUGGCGGCUUCUUUUGGUAAUGCUGCGUAUGAAAGGCUUCCAUUGGAAGAAGAGGAGCCACCGACGGCGCCGGUUCCUGGAAGUGGGCCCUUAGGCUCACCAGGAAGCAUGGCUAGUGAACAACAGCAGCCACCGCCGCAGCAGCAGCAACUAUUGCCAGAUCCGAACGCUUCUUUCGGCCAAGAAUUGCCACCAAAUCUUCUGAACUCAGUCCAAUUACCAGCUGAGGCCUACUGGGCCACAGGUCGUCCCUCUUAUUAACAAAACAGAAAAGUUUCCUUCUUUUUCUUUUUUCCCCUCGUGUCACUUCUCUUGGUUGUUUGACCUUUUGAUCACCUCCAUUCUUCUUCUUUGAUAAGAUGGUAUUUUUAAUAUGCUGAUCAUCAUGGGAUUCAUCUGGGUUUAAUUUGAAGAAGGAUCUACAAAUUUCAUGAAUUUCUCUUUGGUGGGUUUUUAGUAGUAUUUUACAAGUCUAGCUUCUUUUCUUUCAAUUGUCACUCAUUAUUGUAGCUUAACGAAGAAGAAGCACCAAAAAAUGGCAGUCAUUUCUCUCUCCAUUUCUUUUUCAAGUUGCCUGAGAAUUGUUCUUCCGACAAAUAAAAAGGAAAAAAAAAAGCAACCUUUUUGUU